AGCAAACAAGCCCUUUUCUCAGAAAAAAAUGGUAUUUGGUACCUUCCUUGAGCAUAACUCUCAUCAUCACCAUCACCAUCACCAUCGCUGUCACCUUCACCUUCACCUCCACAGGGGAUCCAUGGCUGAGAAGCCGAGGCAAGUUAUGGAAUACGAAGACUUGAGUAACGUGAUGAAGGUGUCGUCGCAUCAUAAAAGGAAGGUGAAGAGUGAUAGUAUGGCAAAAGAUGAGGACAUUGACAAAGAAGCAGAUAAUUUCAUCAAACUAGAGCACCUGAAAUUCAACAAGUGGACAUGA